AUGUAUUUAGUUAACUAGAGAUGCAAAUAGUCCUCAUCAAAAUUCACAGCUCCAUCUGCAAGUGAGUUUUUUUUAAAAAAAACCUUAACUCCCUACAGUCGAAAUCUCUCACCUUCAAGAGAGAACGGCAAUCAAGAGAAGGAAGAAUGAGGCCGAUAUUGAUGAAGGGCCAUGAAAGGCCAUUAACGUUCCUAAAGUACAACAGAGACGGAGAUCUUCUAUUCUCCUGUGCAAAGGAUCACGACCCCACUGUCUGGUUCGCCGACAACGGCGAGCGCCUCGGCACCUAUCGCGGCCAUAAUGGCGCCGUUUGGUGUUGCGAUGUCUCAAGAGAUUCAACGCGACUUAUUACUGGGAGUGCGGAUCAGACUGCAAAGCUGUGGAAUGUUCAAACAGGACAGCAAUUAUUUACAUUCAAAUUUGAAUCACCAGCUAGGGCUGUGGACUUUUCCGUUGGCGAUAAGCAUGCUGUGAUCACCACUGAUCCCUUUAUGGGAUUGACUUCUGCCAUUCAUGUUAAGCGCAUUGCAAGAGAUGUCGAUGAACAGACUGCUGAAUCUGUCUUAACCAUCCAAGGCCCUCAAGGAAGAAUUAACCGAGCUGUUUGGGGGCCAUUGAACAAGACUAUUAUAAGUGCCGGAGAAGACGCUAUUGUCCGUAUUUGGGAUACUGAGACUGGCAACUUGCUUAAAGAAUCAGAUAAGGAAACUGGCCAUAAAAAGACGGUGACAUCACUUAUGAAAUCUGCCGAUGGUUCUCACUUUCUAACUGGUUCUCUGGAUAAAUCUGCUAAGCUUUGGGAUGCCAGAACAUUGACUCUUAUCAAGACCUAUGUGACUGAACGCCCUGUGAAUGCUGUUGCAAUGUCACCUCUUCUUGAUCAUGUGGUUCUUGGAGGUGGUCAGGAUGCAUCAGCUGUUACAACCACUGACCAUCGUGCUGGAAAGUUUGAGGCUAAAUUUUAUGAUAAGAUUCUUCAAGGGGAAAUUGGUGGUGUGAAGGGACAUUUUGGACCCAUAAAUGCUUUGGCUUUCAAUCCGGAUGGGAGGAGUUUCUCAAGUGGAGGUGAAGAUGGUUAUGUGAGGCUACAUCACUUCGAUCCGGAUUACUUUAACAUCAAGAUAUAGGUUUUAAGGGAGCGCCCUUUUGAAAGGUUAUUGGUUCUCUCGUAAUUGGCGAGGAACAUUUUUUGUUUACCUGUAAGAGUAGCGCUCUCUGGAAAAAAAAAACAAAUGCAGUUAAUACCCUCUCUUUUUUUUUCAAAUGUGAUAUGAGAAAUUUUCAAUUUUCGUUUAAUAUUAUUUCGGACGAAGUCUGAAUUGGAUCUGCAUUAACGAGCAAAAAA